AUGGAAGAUAUGUCUUCAUUACAAUACGAAAUCCUUGCAAAAUAUAGCAGAUUACUGAAGAUUCUGCAAUCGAUAGAUAAGUCUUUAGAAGAAAUAACAUCAGAAAACACACAAAGUAAUAAGGAUAUAAUAGUCGAUGCGGGUGAACAACCUACAAAUACUAAUCUUUAUAAAAAUAAUGAUAUUGCUAAUCUUAAUUUACAGAUGAGACAAAUUGAGAUGAAAUUAAAUCUAGUGGGCACCCUUCUGAAAAGUAGUGUGUAUUCAGUUUUACAAACGUAUGAAAAUAAUUAUCUCAACAAGACUAGUGAAGAUAGUAGCGAUAAAAGAGAUUAA